GGUUUAAGCACUGCGGAGUGUUUACCAGAAAUCGAACGAAACGGCAGACUUUUGAACAUACAUGGUUUACUUCUAGAUUACCUUUAGGACAUUUAUUUCGUCGAUCUUAAUUUGUUCAGCCUGUCUUGUAAAAUUACGGGUAUACUGUGCCAUUUGGAUUUGGAUCUGAAAAGAGUGUGAAAGAACCGAACAUGUCAAAAGAUAGGGUAUACCUGGACUAUAAUGCCACCACCCCACUGGAUCCCCAGGUCAUUGAAGCUGUCACUGAGGCUCUGGAAGGAGCCUGGGGAAAUCCUAGUAGCUCCCAUGGUGCAGGUCAGAAAGCUAAACAUAUGAUUGACAAGGCUCGAAAACAUUUGGCAGAUAUGGUUGGUGCACUGACCAGUGAUAUCAUAUUCACAUCUGGAGGUACAGAGGCCAAUAACCUGGUAUUACACUCAGCUCUGAAGUAUUUCCACCAAGAAUCGGACAAGGCAGAUGGGAGGAUAGGUCUUCCCCAUUUUAUCACGUCAAAUCUGGAACAUGACUCCAUUAAGCUAGUGCUUCAACACUUUGAGGAGGAAAAGUUAGCAGAGGUGACCAAUGUUCCGGCAUCCAAGAAGACAGGGAGAGUGGAAAUUGAUGAUGUGAUAUCAGCCAUUAGACCCAGCACGUGCCUGAUCACUGUGAUGACAGCUAAUAAUGAGACAGGUGUGAUACAGCCAAUCAGUGAAAUAUCAGAGAGGGUGAGGUGUCUGGGGCGACAGAAGGGCGACUUUCCUCGCAUAUUACUUCACACAGAUGCUGCACAAGCCAUAGGCAAAAUACCAGUCGAUAUCAAAACACUUGGUGUUGACUACCUCACUAUUGUUGGGCACAAAUUUUAUGGCCCCAGAAUUGGUGCCCUAUGUGUGAGGAAACCUGGAAAGGCCACUCCGCUGUACCCGUCACUGUUCGGCGGUGGUCAGGAGAGGAGUUUUAGACCAGGAACAGAGAAUACACCAAUGAUUGCUGGAUUAGGAAAGGCUGCGGAACUGGUAGUUCAAGAUUUGGAACGUUAUGAAAAGCACAUGAGAGAAAUUAGGGAAUAUUUAGAGAGGAAGUUAAAGGAGGAAUUUGGUGAAGGCGUUACCUUUAAUGGUCGUUUUGAAAAAAGUUGUCGGAUCCCGAACACCUGUAAUGUCUCAUUUUUAGGAAGAGGCCUGGAAGGUCAUCGAAUAUUGUCAAAAUGCACUAGGUUACAGGCAAGUAUUGGAGCAGCAUGCCACGCUCAAAACAGACCCUCUCCCAUUUUACUGGCCAUAGGAAUCCCAGAAUCUGUGGCAAGAAAUGCACUCCGUCUGAGCGUUGGGCGAGAAACCUCUAGGGAUGAUAUAAAUGUGAUUGUUACUGAUCUGAAAGAAGUCAUUCAGUCAUUAAGAUCUGAUUGACGAAUGUUCCAGGGUCCACUUGCAGAAAGUCACCAUCAAUUUAGCAAAACUUCUUUCCUUAAAUAUUAAUGUUAACUUUGAUACAGAAAAUCGCUAAUGAUGAAUUUCGAAGCCGAAGUGGCAUAAGCUAGUUGAAGAUCUAGGUUAAUUUUCUAAACUGAUUUCAAAAGCCCAGAUAAACAUUAUAUAAUUUUUUAACCAUUCAGGGGAAAUUUUAAAAUCCUGUAGUGAAAGAGUACAUGUACAAGAUACACACAGCUUUGGCAAAAUAUGUUAAAUAUAUGUUUUCUACCUUUAUUCUACUUAUGGUGCUGAAACUCCUAUUUUGCAAGUAGGAUAUCAUCCUAGUUUCCAAGUAGGAUAUCAUCCUAUUUUGCAAGUAGGAUAUCAUCCUAGUUUCCAAGUAGGAUAUCAUUCUAGUUUCCAAACAAACUUUAUGUACUCCAUUUUUCUAAUAUGAAUAGAACUCUAG